UUUAUCUAUAUAUAUUAACGAGAUGUAUCGUUAUCAAAUGUGCUUACGUAUUCUCGCUUGUAAAUCCGUUGUAUGAGAGAACGUGAAAGAUUCUAUCGAGAUUCGCUGUCAUUCUUUUCUUUCUGCAAAUACAUCUGUAUUUUUAUUGUGUCUCAAGCACAUCUCUAAUAAUAUUCUGUAGCUUUCGGCAGUUAGAAUUACAUCUGUAUGAUACAUAUCUCUCCAAAUUGACAAAAUACUCUCGAGAAUGUUGCAAAGACCUUUAAUUAUUUCGCUUAAAAAAAGCUCAACUCGCUCACAAUAUCUCAAUGCCUGGCAAAGAUGUAACUUUUCCUCCCAAAAAAUACCUCUUGAUUUAAAGGAGAAUCAUAAGAAAAUCGUUACAUCAUUUCCACCAUUGACAGAAUCCAUCCCGAAUUUACCAAAAGCUAUUUAUUCGACUGCGAAAGAGGAGCAUCAAAUAACGCACAUCACUGUUUUACCAAAUGGUUUGAAAGUUGCAUCUGAAAAUCGAUUUGGACAAUUUUGUACUAUAGGUGAGCAUUCUACAAACACAUUUGACAGCAAGGAUAAGAUAAUGCUGGCAUUAGAAAAGCAUGGUGGUAUAUGUGACUGUCAAGCAUCUCGUGACACAUUUGUCUACGCAGCAUCGGCAGAACGUCGUGGAUUAGAUAUAGUAACUCAAAUUUUGAGUGAUGUUGUCUUAAGACCUCAAAUUACAGAGGAAGAAGUACAAAUAGCUAAACAAACAGUACAUUUUGAAUUGGAAUCUUUACACACCAGGCCAGAACAAGAGUCUAUAUUAAUGGACAUGAUUCAUUCUGCUGCAUAUAAGCACAACACAUUAGGUUUACCCAAGAUCUGUCCAGAAAAGAAUAUUGAAAAAAUUGAUAGAAAAACUUUACAUACGUAUCUCAAGCAUCAUUAUGUACCAAAUAGAAUGGUAAUUGCUGGAGUUGGUAUUGAACAUGAUGACCUGAUCCACGCCGUUACUAAAUAUUUUGUAGAUCAAAAAUCUAUCUGGGAGGAACAACCUGAUCUUAUUUUCCCAAAUAAUGCAAAUACUGUCGAUGUGUCCAUCGCACAAUAUACUGGAGGAUAUGUUUUGGAGGAAUGUAAUGUGCCAAUUUAUGCUGGACCCAGUGGCUUGCCUGAAUUAUCACACAUUGCAAUAGGUUUAGAAGGCUGUUCUCAUCAAGAUCCAGAUUUUGUUGCUAUGUGUGUACUAAAUAUGAUGAUGGGAGGCGGUGGCAGUUUUAGUGCUGGUGGUCCUGGAAAGGGCAUGUACACGCGUUUGUACACCAAUGUGUUGAAUAGAUAUCAUUGGUUAUACAGUGCAACUGCAUACAAUCAUGCUUAUGCAGACACUGGUCUAUUUUGUAUUCACGCUUCAUGCACACCGUCUCACGUGAAGGAUAUGGUGGAAGUAAUUGUACACGAGAUGGUCACCAUGACAAGCGGAAUCUCUGAUAGCGAAUUAGCAAGAGCCAAGAAACAAUUGCAAUCGAUGCUGCUUAUGAAUCUAGAACAACGGCCCGUUGUAUUUGAAGACAUUGGUAGACAAGUCCUAGCGACUGGUACUAGGAAACGGCCAGAAUAUUUCAUACAAGCUAUUGAUGGAAUAUCUAAAGAUGACAUCAACAGAGUAGCGCGACGUUUAUUGAAAUCAGCACCUUGCUUAGCGGCACGCGGUGAAGUGAAGACUAUACCUUCCAUGGUGGAUAUUCAAAACGGCUUACUUAAUGCGCAAGGUCGGUUACCUGGUUCUCGUAGCAGAUUAUCACUUUUUCGUUAAAAUCUUGCAUAAGAUAUUCCAGUCUUCUCAUCUUAAAUAAAUGUCACUUAUUCAUAUCCAGUUGUAUAUUAAUAAAAAACAUCGAACAUUCAAUUUUAAA